AUCGCGCAUGCGCGGCGUCUCCUAGCAACGGAGGGGCAAACACGGGCCUAGUGCCGGCUGGGCCGUGGAGCCUGCAGUCUCCGCGCGUGCCCCGAGUUUGGCUCCUAUUCGGCUCCGGGGGCUUAGGCCGGGCAGGUAGGAGGCUGCGGAGGGACGGGCCGCCCAGCGGCCUCUUCUCUCUGGCUCCUCGGUUGACGGCAGCCCCGGCGGGGUCCGUUAGUAAGAACAAUGCUGAAAUUUCAAGAAACUGCUAAGCAUGUCACCAUUGCCAGGUCUAAUUCUGCUUGCUCAGAUGCUGUGUUUGCGAGGAGAUACACAAUUCAGAGGAAACUUGGCAAUGGAAGCUUUGGAAGUGUUUAUCUGGUUUCUGACAAGAAAGCAAAACAAGGAGAAGAAUUCAAGGUUCUAAAGGAAAUCUCUGUUGGAAAUCUAAAGCCAAAUGAAACGGUUGAAGCAAAUCUAGAGGCACAACUGCUCUCCAAAUUAGACCAUCCAGCCAUUGUCAAAUUUUAUGCAAGCUUUGUGGAGCGAGAUAGUUUCUGCAUUAUCACUGAAUACUGUGAGGGUGGAGAUCUAGAUUUUAAAAUACAAGAGUACAAAGAAUCUGGGAAUAUAUUCACUCAAAGACAAAUAAUAGAAUGGUUUAUACAGUUGUUACUCGGAGUCAACUAUAUGCAUGAAAGGCGAAUACUUCACAGAGAUUUGAAAGCAAAGAAUAUAUUUUUGAAAGACAAUUUUCUUAAAAUUGGGGACUUUGGAGUUUCCUGUCUUUUGAUGGGUUCAUGUGAUCUUGCGACUACAUUUACUGGGACACCAUACUACAUGAGCCCAGAGGCACUGAAGCACCAGGGAUAUAACACAAAAUCUGACAUUUGGUCUCUGGGAUGCAUUUUAUAUGAGAUGUGCUGUAUGAACCAUGCAUUUAGUGGCCACAAUUUUUUGUCUGUGGUGUUAAAAAUUGUAGAAGGUGAUACACCUUCUCUUCCUGAUAGAUAUCCAAGCAAACUGAAUGCUGUGCUGAAAAGCAUGCUAAGUAAGAAUCCUUCACUGAGACCAGCAGCAGCAGAGAUUCUAAAAAUCCCUUAUAUUGAUGAACAACUGAAGAAUAUACAAUACAAAUUCACAUAUAUGCCCAAGGAAAAUAAAGCAUUUCACUGGCAGAAAGAAGCUGCUCACAUUGUUGAUGCUGUGCAGAGGAAAGUCCAUUUGCAAACUCUGCGGGAGCAUUCUCAAGUGCAGAGGAUGACGCCGCGGGAACGCAUGAGGCUGAGGAAGUUAAAUGCUGCAGAUGAGAAAGCAAGGAAGCUGAAACAGCUGGCAGAAGAAAAAUAUCAAGAAAAUAUCAAAAGAAUGCAAGAGUUCAGAUCCCGUAAUUUUCAGCAGUUGAAUGUCAAUGUCCUACACGAAUCUGAUGAACAAACUUCAACUCCCCUAAUUCAUUCUCAGCCAGUCAUUACACAGGACUGUGUGUCCACAGGACAUGAUGAACCACAUGGAAAUGAGACAUCAAGUCAGCUUUGUGUGCCUGAAUCUAUGGAGCAUGAGAUCCCUGAAGACCCACAAAUCGCAGAAGAAUAUUAUAAUGAUGAGUUUGAAUCCUGUUCAGAAAGCAGUGAAGAGGAGGAGGAUGUGGAAGCAUCACAGACUGUCGCUAAGACAAAUCAACAGGACAGUGAUAUUGAGGCAAUGGUCGAGUAUUUGGAGUGUGUCCUGAAUAACAGCUCAUUGGGCUCUGGGACCUUCACUAGAGUGGCUUCUGCAGUUCCCCAGGGAUUCAGAGCUCUCAACAGCACUAUGGCUGGGACCAAGCUGAAACGCAUGAGGGAGUCUGCCGUUCAGAAGCUGGGAGAGGAAGUAUUUGAGCGAGUGUACAGGUAUCUCAAGCAAGCAAGACAGCAGAAUGCCAGUGAGGACGAGGUCAGGAGGAGCCUGGAGAAAGUGGUCUCUAGAGCAAGUGACUGCUUCGAAGUGGAUCAGCUUCUCUACUUUGAGGAACAGCUACAGGCUUCAGAAGCAUGUCUUCAGUUGUAAAAUGUGUCAGUAACUUGCAGCAUUGAAAAUUCUGAACUCCUUCAUCCAUCUGUGUAAAGCACUAAAGCAAAACAAAAUGGUACCAUCUGCAGAGGAUUCUCAAGUGAACUGUAAGCCAAAUUCAUUUUAGUCAUGUAGCCAUCUUAAUCCUUAUGUUUACUGCUCUUAUGCUGCAACUCUGAAAGUACUCAGGUACAGAAUUAAAUAAAUAAUAAAAAAAUAA